CCAGGAAGUCAUUGGGUUUCAUUCAUUCUUGAUAUUGCAUGGACUUUUUCCGAGGUUCUUUUCAAAAUGCGUCGGAAACCAGAACCUCAGGCAGCAGGCAGUGAUCCCGUCAACGCGAAUAAAAAGGAACAGAGAGUGGAGCGGCCAGCUGACGCCUCAGCCAGGCAGUCCUACAGUUCCAUCCUCAUCAACUUCGGAAAGUGCUUGCUGCUGAUCGUGAUCGUUCCUCCGUUCCUCAACUAUGCAUCUCUGCAAAGAGAAGGACAGAUGCUCCUGCCAAAAGACGGGCAGAUGGUUGAUGUCGGUUUGGGUCAAAAGUUGCAUCUUUUGUGCAAAGGACGGGGAAAACCAGCCGUUAUACUGGAUGCACCAACAGGAAUGUCCUCAGACGUCUGGGUCCAUGUGCAGGAGAAACUUUCCUCCCUGACAAAGGUUUGUACAUAUGACAGGAUGGGACUGGGGUUCAGCAAGCGGCUCAUGCAAAACGAAACGACCGGGACGGAGAAAGUCUGGGGGGCGUCCACAACCGGACGGAUGGUGGACGAUCUGCACCGACUGCUGCAGGCUGCGGGGAUAGCCACCCCCUUCGUGCUGGUCGGCUCAGAGCUCGGAGCGCUCAACAGCCGGUUCUACAGCCACAUUCACGAUUCGCUGGUGUCAGACCUGGUGCUGAUAGAUCCCAUCCCAGAGGACGUUUUUGAAGAGGACCAAUGGAAGGAGUACUGGUACGGGAAGCUGCUGCCGUCACUCCAAGCCCGGCAGUUCUCGGCCGCCACCGGGCUGAGCCGCCUGCUGAUCAUCCUGGGCGCCGUUGAGCCGAUGCUGAAAGGAGAAAAUGUCUCGGAGGAAGUCAUCCAGCGGCAGAAGUACCUCCUCAGUAACCCCGCCCACCAGAGCAGCGCUGUGGACGAGCAUUACUUUAUGAACGAAAGCGUCGCUCAAGUCGGGGACAUCACAAAGUUUAAGCCACUCUCCAGCCGGAUAUCGGUGAGCAUGCUCACUGGGGAUUCCUUUGAUGAGCAAAUGCCUCAACACCUAAACCAAAUGGUCGCCGAACAUCAAAAGAGGUUCCUGAAGGAGUCCUACCCAUCGGCCAAUCACGUCCACAUAAAAGGAGCAGACCGGCGAAUGAUCUACAAGAAGCCAUCUGCCGUCAGCCAGCACCUGUGGAAGCUCGUCAGCCAGCGACAGGCCGGUCCGCAGAGCGAGUGACCCGCCAGAGAGGAAGCCGUCGCCGCGGAUACGGGGGCCGAGCAACGCCUGAAUAGGUUAUAGAUACCCACUAAAAAGUUCAGCCGGCUUGUUUUGCCGUUCUUCAUGGAGACCAUCUACACGCCGCGCUAAGGUUCAUCAGAAAGUCAAUUUCAGGGCCUAUUUCUGCUUCACUGGAAGCUUAUUUUUCUAUGAAAAAUGAAAAUGAUGAAGCAUUUUCUGUCUGUGAUUCAUCAAAUCUUCCCAUGUUGUUAUUUCAGGCUCUUUGUGAGAUUGGCCAGUGGCAAAAAAAAAAAAAAAAAAUGACUACAUGAAUCCUAUGGAGGGGAGGGGCGACACAUGCACCACGUCACCGUCCAACUUCUUCGUUUUCUUUCACAUUAUGGCCACAAAGCACUGGUGGCUUCAGUUCCUUUAGCUUCAUAUAUCAGAAUUCAUAUUCACACGCAUUAAACGUGGACUUUGAAUAUGUUCUUUUGAAAUCCAAAUCUUUUUAAUCAGCUUUCUUAAUCCAAAUAUGCUAAAAAAAAAUUUUAAAAAAGAGUAAAGACCACUGGUUUAUCCUGAGGAUUUAAGUUUAAUUAUGACACCACAUCAAAAUAAAAAUUUCCAACAGAUCUGGAAUUUAAUUCCAUCCAUAUACAUGCAUAGCAACAACGUUUUAAGAAACAUUUUCUCCCAUAAUCAGGACAUUGGAAUGAUCAUUUUACAUCAGUAUUCCCCACUGACCGCCCACCCGGCUUGUUCAUCAGCAAUAAACUUAAUUCUCGUACAGCGUCUUUUAGUUUUUUUGUCUUGUUUUUUUUUUUUUUUUUUUUUUAAAUGGGGUAACAAAUAAUUAUAUGCACAGUCCCCAUGUCAUAAUACUGCUUUCAGUAACAUUCCCUCAUUUACAAAGUAUUGCAUUGAGAGCAAAAUUUCAAAAAGGGAGACCAAAGUGUAUCAUCGAACAGAAAUACGAGUACUAUACAAGAAUGUCGUCAUCCUCAUGAAAACAUCCACAUCCGAGUUGAACGAAAGAGACAAGGACAAACAGCCACAUAUGUAUGCAAAGCCAUGUAUGUAUGCCAAAAUGUGAGAUGCAGCGCUGAGCCUGGCACUCGCCUCCAAACGGUGGGUUUGUAAGUCACUAGCAGUAAUCUGCAGGAGACAUUUUGAGCAUACGGAAACUGGUACAGCAAAUAAGAAUACACAAGUGCCUCAGUAGCUAUUUUUGAGUCUAAAAUGCAUCUCGUUUUUGUUUAUUGUUUCGUUUUGAGCCUACAUUACAGUGUAAACAAUAUGUGUGCUACACAAGAAUGACUAUACAAUAACAUUACAAACAACUCUGAUAUAAAUUUCAUUUUGAAUUUAAAUUAAGAUCACUACUCCUAAUAAUACUGAUUGUAAAAUAAAUUAAUGUGAACGUGG